AUGCAUGCUUGGCAAACUAUCUUAGCCGCAGCCCUAGGCUGUCAGCUAGCGAAUGCCGCCGAAUGGAGGAUACAAGCAGCCCCGAUUAUCACUGGUGCUCUCCUCCCUCGACAGGAGCAAACAUGCCCUGAAGCAACAGAAACUUUGUGCUCAGAUGGGACUGGGGGGUGUUGCCCAUCUGGCUCGCCUUGUACGUACAUCUCCGGCAAACCUAGAUGCGGAGGUGGCUGUGAUAUUGGCGGUCCUACUUGUCUCGGUGGAGGCUGCUGUGAUGCUGGAUAUCUCUGCCCUACACUGGGUGGCAGCUUUUGUCAUAAAGCAACCAACUUCCUUCCCGCGCCUACUGCAAGUCUUACAAUCACUUCUUCCAUUGAUUCCGGUCCCACUGAGACCACGGAAGCUCGAAUUACUGAUACUAAGUCUGAGCCUACGAGUACUUCCGACUUUUCAAGUACCUCGGUACCUUCUAGGACGCCACAGCCUUCUAGCUCAUCGAAGCCUACCACUGCAAUCACCUCAGAUACUAGCAGUGCGUCUCCUUCGUAUAGCCCGGGAGGAGAUACAUCAGACGAUGCGUCUGAUUCAUCUGAAUCAUCCGGGUCGUCUGGAUCCUCAGAAUCGUCUGACUCGUCAUCGACGACGGAAUCAUCCACCGCCGACGACAAUCCCGGUGCAGCAUCACCAGAAACUGCUCCCGGUAUGGCCGGGUCAUUGUCGGUAAGCUGGGAUUCAUGGAUGGCGUUGGCUGUUAUGGUGCCUUUCAUUUUGUGA